AUGGGUGCAGUCUGGCAUAAGCUGCACGCAAAGGUAGCAGCGCCCGUCGAACCCUAUCUCAAAGACGCGUGGAAGGCGUUGUACCGCCACGUGAUCAAGCCAUCGUACUAUAUCUCUGCCACAGCCACUCAGAAGGUUCGCGAUCUUUCCGAAAGAGCUGGUCUCAACGAUGCGGCGACGUUUGCACCUCUGCGACAACUGACUGGGCAGGCGGCGGACUCGGCCAAGCGGGCGUACGACGAGUACUUUGUGCCUCUGGUGUACAUUGAGGAGCUACAGGGAAUGGCUAAGGACGCGGCCCAGCCUAUAGGCGACACAGUGUCAUCGGUGAUGGAUACCGUUGUAUCUAUCGUUGAGGAGGCGGUGGAAGAGAUCGAGCCAGUUGCAGAGAAGGCCGAGCGCGUUAACAAAGCCAUCGAGAAGGAAGCAGACGCCGUACCGGAGGUAAAGGAAGUCGAAGAAGUCGUUGAGGACGCCCAGGAAGCCAUUGAAGUGGUCAAGGAUGUGGAGCAGAGUAUGGAAGACAUCCAGAACACUGUAGAAGAUAUGACUGCUGCCGUGGCGGAGGGUGAGGCUGUGGUGGACCAGGCAGAGGCGGUUAUUGAGGAGGCUGGUGAGGUGGCUGACCGUGUUGAAGCCGUCGUUGCCGACGUCGAAGUAAUCCCGGAGAAGCUAGAGAAGGUCAUGGAAGAUCUAGAUGGCGUGCCAGAGGAGAUUGAGACUGUCAUUGAGGACGGGGAGAAAGUAGUCGAACAAGCAGAACACGUUGUGAGUGAUGGUGGCGCGGCUGUGUCUGAGACAGAGAAGGUGGCGGCUGAUAGUGAGGUGGUCCUGAAUAAGGUCGAGGAUGUUGUGCAGAAGGCCGAGGACGUUGUGAGCGAGGCGCAGGAGGUGGUAGAGGAUCUUGAGCGCGUGGCUAAGGAUGUAGAACCGGAACAGCCUGUCGCCCCGAGCGAAAGCGAGAGUAUGAGCGACUCCAGCGACAGUGACAAGAAGCGCGAGAAGGACCGUGAAGUGGCCAAAGAAAUUGAGAUGGAGAGAGAGACCGAGAUCAACGCUGUCAAACAAACCGAGGCUCAGAUGAGGGUGGAGAGGGAAGCCAAGGAGAGAGCCGACCGACUGAAGGAGGCAGCCCGCGAGAAAACCGAAGCACUAGAGAAGCAGGAGCUAGCAAAAGCAGAACACGAACGCCAGGCACAGCAACAGGCGGACGAGGAAGAACGGGCGCUGAAAAAACAGAAGAAGGCGGAAGAGAUGGCCAAAGUAGCCAAGAAGCAGGCCGAGCACGCGCAGAGAGAGCGGGAGGAGAGGGAGGCCCUGCGCCAGCGGGUGGAGGCGGCGAAAGCGGCCGAGGCCGAGAAGACGCAGCGUAUGAAGGAGGAUUUGGAGAGGGCGAAAGUGGCGGCGGAAAUUAAACCCAUCAAGUCAACAGGCAAAGAGAAGACUCCCAACUAAAUGAGCCGACGAUUGUGAACGGCCAAGAGAUGCACGCGCUGCGCGAGUCUGAGGAGAGUGAGCACGUGACCGAGGCACAGGCGGACAGAGAUAGACACGCACACGCUCGGGCACUCGAGCAGGAAAGCACGGAGAAGGCGGAGACGGAAGGGUUGGGAGGAAUGGAGAGAGAAGUGAUAGACCAACAAGAGGCGCAGGAUUGGUAUAUAGAGAAGAUGCAGGAGGCACAGAGACGGGUGGAGGAGGAUCAGACAGUGUGGGAGACGGAGGAGAAGUGGGUACGAGAUGGGCGGGAGAGCGAGUCCGAGGGGAAGGGUGGCGUGAAUGUAGACGUGGAUAUACGGGAUCAAGUACGGGAUCAAGUACAGGAUCAAGUACA